AUGAACUCCACGACGGAAGAGAUAUGGACAUAUCACAUGGGAACAGUUGCUUAUGGAUCUUCUCCUUGUGUUAUAAUUAUAGUGAUAUUUAUUAUGAUUAAAAACUUAAGCAAUCGAAUGUACGAGUUCCGCCACAACAUCUUUGUUAUGAUUGUAUGCUGGUGGUAUAUAUUUACAAGACUAUUUGAAGUCAGCAUUGGCGUAACUGCUAUUCAUGGACAGAGCUUUAAAAAAUCUGCAGACACAGUUAGUCAGCUGUACUUACGAUUCCCUCUACGCUUCUUUUCUGUAACCAAGGCAUUUACAUGGUGUGCCGGAGUUUUGUCUACUGUUUCUUCUUUGGUUGUUAUAAUCGCAUGUGUGGUUGCUUUCUACUCAGAAAAUAUGUCAAAUGAAAAGAUGAUAGUAGCUCUUUCAACUACUCUGAUUUGCAUUAUUUUGGUCGUUUUACCUAUUGUAAUAGUCCUUAAUGCAGCAGUAACGUCAACUUUUUUCUGCAUAUUGGAAGAUUUCGAACUGGAUCAAGAAGAUAAAAAUAGAACAUGCUUCAUGAAAGCAAGUAUUAAGGAUCUAAUGUUGAAUUCUGAAUAAGAAUUAUGAUAGGAUUCUAAUGGUCUUAGCAUACGUUAUAAUUUAAUAAUUAAGUUUCUUACAACUGCUGAUGCCAGUCAAGUAUGUUUAGGGGAAUUAUCAUGAUGACUCCGUAAUAAUGUAAACUUACAGUAAAGUUUGAGAUCAAAUCGAGGUACGUUUAAUAUUUGUUAUAGUUUAAAUUAACACUAAAAAGUAAAUCUUAGCAUCUCAGACAGUUAUCCAAAAAAAAAUUCACUAACAAUAUUAUAAUAAAAAAAA